UUUGUUAGUUAGUCAGCUGACAAAGCUAACUUCCGGUUUCGAAGCAUAACAGGAAGCCGUUUAUUUUUGUUUGCGAAACCUAAUUGCUAUUGUUAUUGUUGACCUGGUCAGAAUUUUUCCACUACUCUCAUAAUGACAAGGCAUGCCAAAAAUUGUACAGCAGGUACUGUAUAUACUUACCAUGAACGUAAGAAAGAUACUGCAACAUCAGGCUAUGGUAGCAAAAGUAUUCGUGUCGGGAAAGAUUCAGUCAAGGAUUUUGAUUGCUGUUCCUUGACUCUUCAACCUUGCCGGAAUCCUGUCAUAACACCUGAUGGCCAUCUUUAUGAUAAAGAAGCUAUUCUGGAAUAUAUUAUUCACAAGAAGAAAGAAAUUGCUUUAAAACUGAAGAAGUAUGAAAAGCAAAAGUCUAAAAAUGAAGCAGAACAAUUAGAAAUUGGUCAAGCAGAAGCUGAGAGCCAGAAGAAGGCAUUCAUGGAAAAUGAAGUGAAUCCUGUGAAGAUGAUAAAUAACUCAACUGAAGAAGCAAGCACUAGUCGUAGCACAAGUAUUAGUAACAUGAAACAAGGAAAGGACAAAGCUUUGCCUAGCUUUUGGUUACCGUGUCUGACCCCAAGUGCGAGUGCAUCUGUCAUGACAAAGCCUGAUGAAAAGGUUCGUUGCCCAAUGAGUGGAAAACCUAUAAAGCUAAAAGAUCUCAUUGAUAUUACUUUCACACCAAUAAAUGAUAGGGAUACAAAGACUUCCCUUAUAACAAAACAGGCUAGAUAUGUAUGUGCUGUUUCAAAUGAUGUUUUGGGUAACUCUGUACCAUGUGCUGCUUUGAAGACAUCGGGCAAAGUGGUUACUAUGGAGUGUGUGGAAAAAAUUAUUAAAAAGGACAUGAUUGAUCCAAUCAAUGGAAAGAAAUUGACUAAUAAAGAUAUUAUUCCUCUUCAAAGGGGUGCAAGUGGAUUUUCUGCUUCUGGAGUCCAGUUAGAUGCUAAAGAGAAAAGACCUUCUAUGCAGGCUUAGACAGCUAACUACUUACCACACAUGCAUGCAUAUACACAUAAUGAAUGCACACUCAUAUUGUACAUAAUAAAAUUCUGUAAACAACCUUUUUUCCAUCCUGGUAAUAAAAAUUAUAUCUACUAUUUAAA